UAUUUGAGAAAGUGCGUAAUUUUUCGUCCACUGACAACUCGUGGUAAUUAUACGCAUUCUGAUCGUAAUUCAUGCUUGUGUCAAAAGUGGCCACAGCUGUCAUACGGCAUUGCCAUCUCUUGGCGACGCCCCACGCGUGGCGGAUAGCUGUGGGAGUUGUGUUUUGCUCAGCACUUCGUAGCGGCGUCCUGCAGGAUGGAUAGCGAGGAUGAGAACGUGGAGGAGGUGGUGGAAGGUCCACUGGAUGAAGAUGAGCAACCUCACGGACUGUGCACGGUGACCUACUCAUCCAGUGAUCGCUUUGAAGGACACUUUAUACACGGAGAGAAAAAUGGAAAGGGCAAAUUUUUUUUCUUUGAUGGAAGCACCUUGGAGGGCUUCUACGUGGAUGAUGUUCUUCAGGGACAAGGGGUGUAUUCGUAUGAAGAUGGAGGUGUCAUGCAUGGCACGUAUGUGGAUGGUGAACUCAAUGGGCCUGCUCAGGAGCUGGAUAGAGACGGUCGUCUGGUGUUCAAGGGCCAGUACAAAGACAACAUCCGCUGUGGCGAAUGCUGGGCAUACUACCCUGAUGGAGGCUGCGUGUUUGGAGAGGUGAACGAGGAGGGAGAGAUGACCGGUGAAUCAUUAGCGUACAUCUACCCUGAUGGACGCACAGCUCUUCGUGGAAGUUUUGUGGAGGGAGAGCUCAUCGAAGCUCGGCUUGCCACCCUGGUCCUCACUGAGAAUGGAAGGCCGUAUUUUCAGGUCACCCCCAGCGAUGCUGUUUAUACAUACGACAAGUCUACCUCCACUUGUAUUGCGACCCACGCUAUGCUGCCAGACCCUUACGAGAGCCAAAGGGUGUUUGUGGCAGACUCCUUGAUUAAAGGAGCUGGACAAGGUCUGUUUGCCAAGACAGAUGCAGAAAGAGACACUGUGGUGGCCUUUUAUAAUGGAGUACGAAUCACACACUCGGAGGUGGACAACAGAGACUGGGCGUUAAACGGCAACACAAUUUCACUGGACGAGGACACUGUGAUUGAUGUACCUCAGCCAUUUGACCAAACGGAGCGAUAUUGCGCCUCUCUAGGUCACAAGGCGAACCACUCUUUUACCCCGAACUGCAAAUAUGAUUUGUUUGUUCACCCCCGUUUUGGGUCGAUAAAAUGCAUCCGAACCCUAAGGGCUGUACAGAAGGAAGAGGAGCUGACGGUUGCCUACGGUUACGAUCAUGGGGCGACUGGGAAGAAUGGCCCAGAGGCCCCUGACUGGUACAAGCAAGAGCUGCAUGUGUUCCAACAUGGACAAGCAGUUCCCACAGUCCACUGAGGCUACAGAUCGUCCUUCUGGACUAUAUAUAACACCCUGCUGCUUGGGAUUCGCUUUGGAUUCCCUGCAGCCACAUAUUGUACCAUAAAUACAGUAUAAAAGGUCACUAUGCUGAACAUGCUAGGCAAACUGUUCCGAGCUGCAGCCUUAUGAGAUUAUGGCAAAAUCUAUGCAAGAUUAAAAAAA